AUGGGAUUCUUGCACAAGCUUUGGGAUGAAACUGUGGCCGGUCCUGCCCCAGAAAAUGGUCUCAGGAAGUUGAGAACUCGCAUUUCCGGCGAAAAUGUCGCAAGAAAUGGUCACCUCCAGAAGUUGGUGGUGGAUCCAGGUCAUGUCCCGGAUUCUCCUGUCGGAUCAAGCAUCCCUGGUUCUCCUUUGACUCCUGGAACACCAAGUGACACGCAUGCCACGAGUCUCAAUGCUUGCGAUUGGGUUGUGCUAAAUGGAUUGGACCGUUGA